AUGUGCUCUAUAGCUUUAUUCGGUUCCUUCGCAUUUUUGAUCAGCUAUGUGUUCGCGCUUGAUGAAUUUGUCUCAUCUACAUCAUGGUUUAUAGUGGAAUCUACUUACUGUACUGUCAUUGCUGUAGCUUUGCUCACAUGCGCGCUCAUCUUUCUGCUCAUAACCUCCUCACAUUGGGCUGACGUCAAUCCAUCACGGCAAGCAGCUGCUGCCUUUGCUUCGGGUUCUAUGUUUGUCUGCUCAUUGAUUCACUUCAUUGACGGUCUCCUACUUCUUGGCAACUGGAAGCGUUAUUCUUGGGAUAUAAAUGGACCUAAUGCCUUGACGAGAGAUGACAUCGCUUUCUAG